AUGUUAAAUCCAAAUUGGUUAAAUGAAGCAAUUGCUAAUACAAAACAAAGAACAUCAUCUUUAGCGGUUAAUGGACCAGCUGCUUAUGGCCCUUAUUUGCAAGAAAGUCGUUUGGAUAUUCGUCGAAAUUCCCACAAUCCACCACCACAGCAACUACUAGAUACCAACAAUUUUCCAGAUUUACAACAACAACAACAAAGGCCUUCCUCAGCCCAUUCUUUCCCUUCUUUAUUUCCCCAACAAGAACAAAACGAUUUUCAUCAACAAAUGGUUUCACAAGGACAACAAGGAUCACAAAUGCAGCCACUUAGCAGUCGAGUAUAUUUUUUUUUGAAAUUUUUUGUUGGAAGGCUGGGGUGGGGGAAUCCGCAAAAAUUUUGCGGAUUUAUUUUUUCGGACUUUUUUCCGAACGAUUAUUUGGUUUAUGCUGUUCUUUCUCAAGCAAAAAAUUUUUUAAAAUUAAUUUUUUAUACUCUAAGUGUCCUAAUAGAAGCUCAUGCCCUAUUAGAAGCCCACACCCUUUAA